UCGGUUCAUAAUAGUUUUCCAGUUCUAAAUUUGGAACUGACGUUGACGUAAAUAAAAGAUUGACAUUUAAGUAUUGGUCUUUCUUCAAAGAUGGGUCUAACAAGUAGUGCGCUAAAACAAAAAGAUCUUGAUGAAUAUCAGCAACUGACAUAUUUCACUGAGCAAGAAAUCUUAGAGGCUUUCCGGAUGUUUAAAUCUCUAGGGAAGGAAGAAGUAAAACAAAAUGCACUUAAGGCUAAAAUCCCUUUCCCCAGGAUUCAGGAGCUUCCUCAACUGAGAAUGAAUCCUUUCCGUGAUCGUAUUUGUGAAGUUUUUUCCUCAACUGACGAUGAGCAUAUGAAUUUUGAAGACUUCCUACAUAUGAUGUCUGUCUUCAGUGACAAGGCACCCAAAGAUUUAAAGGCUCAUUAUGCAUUUAAUAUCUAUGAUCUUGAUAAUGAUGAAAGAAUUUCUGAACGUGACCUUCUCGAAGUUUUGGAUCGACUAACAGUUGGUAUGAAUAUGGGUGAACAGAGCGAAUAUUUGCUGUCACUAGAUGAAAAACAGAAAGUAGUUGAAGAAAUCAUGAAAGUUGGUGAUCUAGAUCGUGAUAAGGUACUUUCCUUUUCUGAAUUUUGUCACAUCAUUGAUAAAGCUCCAGAUUUUCUAAGUUCAUUUAUCAUUCAUCUUUAAGACAGAAAUCAUCUGGAAUGCAGUAUUACAUUAUCUUUUAUUUAGCUGUUUCUUUUUAUUAUUAUUUCUACUAACAUUGGUACAAAGUUACAAAUUUGGUAGGAAAGAUUAAGCUACCAAAUCAAUCCUUGCACUUGACUGGUACUUCAUUUUACUGACCCUGGAAGAAUGGAAGAUAAAGUUGGCCUUGGUGGAAUUCGAACUUACAAAAAGAUCUAUAACUAAAUUGACAGCAUUUUGUCCAACACUAACACUGCUGCUACUGAAUUGAGGACUGAGACAUUAACUUCAAAUACUUAUGGAAAGAAAACAACAAAAUUGAAAGCUCAAACUCCCAGGAUUUUGUACAACUGAAGGACAUUAUUACAUGUAAGCAAUAAUAUAUGGUGAUUGUGGCAGAAUUGACAUUUGGAAAAAAACCCAAAAUUUGUUGAUAUAUGUUGUUGUGGCUGCAUAGUCCCAUUUGAGCAGUCUUAUGGCAUGCAGGUGCAAUCCACAGCACUAUCUUUUCACCUCAUUGAGGACCACACUGCUCCCUCCCUUGUCCAUUCUAUUUUUAUACAUCUCUAGAUUUUGGUGGUAGCUUCAGCAGAGGUGACAGAUGCCAUUCUUCUGUACUUCUUGUUGUACAUUGCAGCAAAGUGUUUGUGGCCAGUGAAAUUAUUGAUGUUGCAAGCUGUUUGUGUGUAAGCAAGCAGGAAGAGAUGUUUUUAUGAUGUGCUCUGAGGGGUUAUGAUUUCAUGUAAUGGGAGAUAACUGGGAUGCUGACGAUUUAGCACGGCUGACUGGACAUUCAACCUGUUUAGACACUGGAGCAAAUACAUGAUUGACAAACACUUUCCCUUCUCUUCAUAAAUAUAAAGAAGAAACAUUCCCAAAGUGUCACACAGUCCAACAGAGAAGGAAGGGGAGACACAAAAUGGCUGAUGUCAAAUAAGUCAGCAUUGAAUCGGUUUUGCCAGAUAAGCAGUUCCAAAAUGUUUCAUACUCAUAAUAGGGACCAUGUAAGCUGAAGUUUUCUGAGGCAACAAACCAGGCUCCUUGUAUGUCCAGGUGAUCUUUCAUUUUCAUUAUUAGGUGGUCUGUGAAGGCUGACGGCUUAGUAGUUAGGGUAUUGGGCUUAUGAUUGUAAGGUUGUGGGUUCGAUUCCUGCUGGCACAAUGUGUCCUUGAAUAAGAUACUUUAUUUCACAUUGCCCCAGUCCACUCAGCUGUAAUUCAUGUCAUACCCUGUGUCACGUGUUUGUGAAGUACUUGGCUACCUAUACGUUAAGUUCACAUGUAGGCUGUGUCCCACUGAUUGGAUUAACUGGAACACUUGUCAUCACAACCAACAGGAGUGCCAGUUAGGUGGUCUGUGUACAAUCAGUGUAGUGUAGGUGUUUUUUGUUAUUUUUGUAUCUUUUGAGCUGAUUUUAGUUUGUUGAAAAAUUAGUGUCCUGAUAGGACUGGCAUAGCCCAUGAUGGGCCUAAUGUGUCGUUUGUACACCGUUGUUAUUUAUUUCUGUUGGUCAGGCAAAUGUGAGAUCUGUAAUUGUAAAUAUUCUAUUUUAUUACCUGUUUACCAAAUGUGGUACCAGUGACUGCAAAUAAAAUUCUAUUUUAUUACUUCUGAUUGCAAAUAUAACCUCACCAUUUAAUUAAUAUUAACCAAAUGUGAUAACAGUGAUUGCAAAUAAAAUUCUAUUUUAUACUUUUUAA